AGUUAUGUAAUAUUAAUGUAAUAUUUAAGCAAUCUGCACAGGUUAAGGGAGCAGCCUGGAGGAAUAUAUAUAUUUUUAAAUUAAUGAAAUAAAGACUGGCAUUUAAGAAAAGUCAUAUAUUUCUUAACCUAGAAUCAGAGGGCGUCUCCUAAAAUAUCCCGCCGCUCUUCGAUAUUGAAAUACCUUGAUACCGGCUUCUAGGAGAGAAUGGUGCUGAAGAGCCCCCCGGCGGAGCCGACUCUCCCGCGGCUCUGCGGAGACCUUCUUCAGCACACCACGGCGCACGGGAUCGCCAACGUGUUCCGCGCAGGGCACUGGUGCCGUCGGUUGCUGUGGGCCGUUUUCGUGGGCUUUGCGCUCUGCUGCGCGCUCUGGCAGUGCACGGAGAUGGUCCUCAACUACUACAGAUACCCGUCCCAUGAGAAGAUAACACUGGCGUCCAACACCGUGCUGCAAUUCCCCGCUGUCACCCUCUGUAACUUGAACGGCGUCCGCUACUCUUCCGUGCGCAAGAACGGUGCCAUGAGUAAUUCACUGCAGGAUCUUAGUUUGCAGCAGUCUCGCCGAAGGAACAAGUCCUCGUGUUGGAACAGCACCUGUCCCGACGCACCGCUCGAGAGCGACAGCUACCCACGGGCCCUCAGGAAGUUUGCCUCGGAGUUCAACCAGCUCCCGGACAAGGAGAAGAUUGCAAUGGGGCACCAGCUGGAAGACAUGUUGAUCUCCUGCAACUUCCACGGGCAUCAGUGCGACACCAGCUUCUUCUCUGGAUUCAUCCACUAUAAGUUUGGAAACUGUUACACCUUCAAUUCUCAGAAGACGACUGACAUCAGAGGAGCUGCGAUCAGGGGCGAGGCUCUGAACACCACCAGGGCGGGGUUCGUGUACGGCCUGCACCUGGAGCUGUUUAUCCAGCAGAUCGAGUACGUGAGGGAAGUCACUCACUCUGCAGGGAUACGACUCCUGAUCCACGACCACGCGGUCACGCCCUUCCCCGAGGACGAGGGGGUUAACAUUCCUCCGGGCACCGAGACCGACAUCGGCACGAUGAAGGUCCUGAUUAAAAGACUGAAAUCUCCUUAUGGGAGUCACUGCACCGACGGGGAUGGCAUUAAAAACUUCUACCAUGACGUGUACGGCUCCAGAUACACACGGGAGUCCUGUAAGCGGACAUGUGUCCAGCUGAACAUCAUGGAGAACUGUGGGUGCAGUCACUGGGAAUUCGCUGCUCCCCCCGACCUCCGGUACCCCAAGUGUAACCUCAGUGCUGUGGGAGUCAGUGAAUGCGUGGAGCUUUACGGAUACAAGUUCGCUCAUGGCAUGCUGCCUUGCAAUUGUCCUCUGCAGUGCAAAGAGGAGCUGUACCAGCUGACAGUUUCUGGGUCCCAGUGGCCGUCAUCUGCUUUCAUUGAAAAGUUUUCCAGUGAUCUGAAAGAGAUGGGUGGUCAGUUGAGUACUAUUGCAGAGAGCCCUCAGCUAAUCCGGGAUAACCUGGUGAAAGUCGUUGUCUACUAUCAGCAGCUGAAUUCACAGCAGAUUGAGGAGGAGCCGUCAGUCUCUGAGAUUGAUUUGAUUUCCAGCAUGGGAGGGCUGGUCGGUCUCUGGGUGGGAUUCUCCGUCUGCACGCUGGCGGAAUUCUUCGAGCUUCUCGUCGACAUGCUGCUCUACCUCCUCCGCCGAUGUCUCUGGAAGGCCGUCCCCCACACCUACGCAAAGCCAUGCGCUGAAAUAGGGAGCCCCGCCUUCACUGGACACAAAACCACCGACAUGUAGCUGUCAUUGUAACAGCAUCGCUCAUAGGAAUUGGAAAAUAAUUGAAUAUAUUCCUAGUGCAAUGAAAAUAGAAGAGAUAGACAGAUAGCUAGAUAGACAGAUAGAUAGAUAGAUAGACAGAUAGAUAGACAGAUAUAUAGAGAUAUAGAGUGACUGGUUUAUUGGUAGAUCUUUACCGGUAAGAUAGCUAUAAAGGUAGAUAUAAUAUAGUUAUGAUCUAUUAUUCAGUUGUAUACUGUUCUCUGUUCUUUGUCUGGCCUUUUCUACUUAUUGUGUUAAAAUGACCAUUCUUGACGGAAUGUUCUUAUCUGAGCUCCACCGGAUGGUAAUAAACGGGUAUGAUGUCUGAUCAGAAUCUGUUAGAAUUGUAUCAUUCCUUCUUUCUGAAUGAAUAAAGCAAAUAAAACUCCCUGUGCU